AUGAAGAAGUUUAUCACCACAAAAAUCAGCAAACAACAAUGGCGAGUGACGGUACCGAACAUAAACGCGAACGUUUUUAGAAAAUCUCCAGCGAAGGAGGACGACAAGUCAUCAGACAAAGAGUCCAAAAGGUCUUCGGGCUUUUAUGACUUUCAGGAUGCUCAACAAGAGUACGACAAGACCAGAAGCCUGCCAAACAGUGUCUAUGUCACCACCAGCAGCUCUGAUGAGGAAGAAGAAGAGUUUGAAGAUGCUAGAGCAGCAAUGUCAGACAGAAGCAGCAAUAAGAACAAGGAAAACAGCGACACAGAUCAAGAAGUAUACCAAGAUGUCGAACCUACAGUCAAAGUAUCAAAAAAUAUCAGCCAGAAUAAUAGCCAGUACGAGUAUGACGUUCCUAGAAUCAGCUUCAAAUUCUUCGAGAAACACAAACAGAAAGAAGAAGAAAACGACCAGCCUAAUUAUGAAGAUGUUGAGGUUGCGAGCGAAGUCAAGAUAGUCCUCCACUCUCCAGAAGAAGAAACGGUGACCAUCGUCGAAGAUAGAACCAAAGAAGAAGACUGCGAAUUCCCUUUGUGCCAUCCCAGCGAGAAGUUCGUAUCGCAGACAGAAAUAUUCAUAGAAGGCCUGGAAAACAUCCCCCUAUCUGUGAUCAAAUCCGCUGGCAGCGACCCCAAUCUAGUCCUGAGGGAGGAACAAGAAGACGAUAACUUUUACCAGGUGCCGAGAUCCUUGAAGAAAGCCAACAGGUUAUCACAGUCCCUCAAAGACUUCGAUAUCGAGAACCUGGACAACAAGGAACAGGUGCAAGGUUCCCAUGACUCCAGCAUUGAACAUAUAUCAGCUAGUCAGGUGUUUACUGAGAAUUAUGUCUUCCGAACGCCGACUAAGGAAAUCCCCAAUGGCACAGCUGAGGUUCCUAGUCCUUCCAAAUCGAAAACGAAGCUGCUGAAGCUGCGGAAACCUGCUAUUCUGGACAAGCCGAAAGCCAAGUGGGAGAACUUCAGAAGCAAAUUCAAUAGCCUCAUGGUGGAACAGGCGGCGCAGCAAAGAGUGGGGGCGUUCAGCGAUAAGGAAAAGGUGACGAUCAACUUCGAGGAGAUGUACAAGAACUCCAAGACGAAGUGCAAGAAGGUGUUCCAGAAUACGAGCAAGAUGUUCAACAAGAAGAAGACGCAAGACUGCGGGGAUACUAGUCCUGAGUCGGUCCACCAUUUGACUGCUAGUGAUAUAGAGUAUAAGCUUAAUUUUAGUGAUGGGGUACAGGGUGGUAGUGAACUGAACGAGAGCAAAGACUUGAAUGACAGUAAAGCGUCUAGUGAGAAUUUGAUGAACGAUAGUAGUUUUUCGAAUGAAAGUAAAGUGUCCAAUGAGGAUAGUAAAAAGGAUUUUGGUGCUCUGAAGAAUGCUUUGAAAAGGAGGUUGUUCGCAAAUGAGGGUCAAAAUGGAUUUGAAGAUUUACGAAGAUAUGUCAAGCAAGGAGGCGAUUUUUGUAAAGAACUUUCUACGAUACUGCAAGAGAGGGCCGAAGCUGAAACCCAAUACGCCAAGAGCCUGUCGAAGCUGAGCGCGAAGCUGACGAGAGCGUGCAGGGACGGGGUAGGCGGGGUGAACGAAGCCUGGAAGUCGGUAGCCUUGGAACUGGAGACCAGGGCGGAGGGACACAGGCUGCUCGGUAUAGCUCUCCUCGAGGAAACUGCCAAACCUUUGAGGUCGCUCACCGAAAACCAACACAGGAUAAGGAAGCAAUCCGAAACGUCUGUGGACAAAGCUGCGAGGCUGUUGUCCGACUGGAGAACGAACGAAGCUAAAAGCAAAAAACACAGUCAUUCUUGUUCGCGGGAUAACGAGAAAUUACAAGACGCCGCUGUUUUGGACACCACAAAAUAUGGAAAACAAACGAUAUCAAAAAGUACGAGUCUUAUUCAUCUAGCCCACUUGAAUGGUAAACAAAAUACAACCGAUAAAGAUAAUGCGAAGUUGGAGGGGAAGAAACGUAAAGCCGAGGAUGCUGUGAAAAAGGCAGACGUCGAAUAUUAUUCGCUUUGCGUACGAGCCGAGAGAGCAAGACUGGAAUGGGAAUCGGCAGUGCUGCGAGGCGCCAGCACUUUCCAAGCCUUAGAAGAAGAACGACUCAAUAACCUCAAGACAGUCCUCAAUUCAUACCUCCAUCACAACAAUGACCUUGGUCCUAGGCUCAUUGAGGCCACCGAAAGACUAAAGGCCCCAGCUGCCCACGCCGACCCUGCCAAAGACCUCGUGACCUUCCAAAGCCUGCGACACACCUCCCAACAUCCCUCCGAGCAGCUGCUUCCCGACUUCUACUGCGAGCACAUCACGCUGGCCAUGAACAGGGAGCGCAGGAAACAGGCGCUGGUGAAGCUGUCGCAGCUGAUCCGGCAGGAUAUAGAGAGGGAGAGGAGGUCGAAGAACGGACUGGAGAAUCUGGAGAAGGCUAUUAGGCAGACGCCCAGCUUCGGCUCGGAGGAUUCGCAGCAGAGCGUGGUCGAGAAAUUGUAUCAUAUGAAAUCCAUGUUGACAUAUUUGGAAGGUGCGAGAUACAAAGUACAGGGUGCUCUUGCCGAGUUGGACAGCAGACCGAGGACGGGACAUCCCUUGGCAGCACAUAUCACCAUCACUAGGGACAAAUCGGGGCUGCAGCAGAGCAUUCUUAAAGUUCCUCAGUGGCUCAGAGACGAAUGGUGCGACGCCGACAAAAGUCCGGUGAGCCGGAAGUCCGUCAAGUCCGAACAGUCCGACAAUUCGGAUCCGCACAACAAUGACGUGGACGAUCCCGAUUGGUUGGACCGAGGGGCCGCCGACGGAAAUUCCAACCAGCCAGACUCAGAUUUCGACGAAUUCUCGUCGCAGUGCAGCGGCAGCAGCACCGGCAACAGCGCCCGCCCCGCCGCCGACGACCACCCCGUGCAGCCGAUAUCGACAUGCCGCGCCAUCUACUCGUACAGCCCGAACAUGCCCGACGAGCUGGCCUUGAAGCCGGGCGACCUUAUCGCCGUCUACCAGCAGCAAGACGACGGCUGGUGGCUGGGCGAGUGCGACGGCAACGUCGGAAUCUUCCCCGCCACCUACGUCGAAGUGGUGAAGGAGUGCUGA